UGUAUUUUAUUGUAUAUAUCUAAAGAAAUUUAUUAAUUAUGGAACCGCCAACCGCGCCGGCCAGAGUUGUUAAGGUCUUGGGUCGAGUUGGGGCGAGGGGUCUAUUAACGGAGGUUCGUGUGGAGCUGUUAACAUUCCCGCGCAUGCAAUUGCUCAAAGCAGUCAAAGGUCCCGUUCGUUUGGGUGAUAUUAUCGAUAUUAAAGAUGAAUUACAGGAUGUUUGGCUUCCCAAGUAGUAAUCAAUCAAUUAUAAAUAUUAGUUAACAAAAUUUAGAAAGUCAAUAAAAUUCAAAAUUCCUACAAAUUUGGCGCUUUUACUUUUCACAAAACAGUUGGCAGCACGCCAAACUGAGUUGCAUUGUCGCUAAAGCUUGAAACAUUACCGUAUUGUACCGUUACCACUGCUGACUGCUGAAGAAGCUGUAAGCGAAAGCUUUUUCAAACCGGCGCUCAACGCAACUGCGCUGCCCACUCUCUCAGGCCGUCAAAUCCAAACGUAAGCAAGCUACACUCACUUGGCGACGCCACGACUUCGG